CAUAUUCCUCUGCCUCACACUUUUCGCGCGACUCGACUAAGGAGGGCUGACAAGAGCGCAGCGCGCACCGACUGUCCUCGGGAAGAACGAGGAGAGGCAGACUGCUUGAUGGUCACUAUGGAUUUAAGUUCUCUGUAAACCUUCUCAGCAGGUUGGACCGGAGGCUUUUUAUUUCAUCCACUGCAGGUAAAGCCCACCUGACCCAGGACACAGACCCGUCAGGAGAGCCCCAAGAGACUGGCCAUCAGUCUGGGGAAGCCAUGGAGAAGAAUGAGAGGUCCACCCCCAUCCCUGGCAAAGAGAAAGAGGUGGAUAUCAUCAACAUCAAGGGCAUUGAGGACAUAGGCUAUGUCCAGCCGGAUUCCAUACUCCUGAACUCCCUGACACCCGAGGAGAACACCCAAUGCCAGCACGGCCUAUACUUCCAGGAUGGAGAGAGGAGGGUGGACUACAUCCUCACCUACCACAUCAAAAAGCCCAGCAGCUCCCGCUCUAACCGACAGUCCUCCCGCUUCACCGACAAUGCCUUCACACGGAGCCUCCGCCGCGGGACGGCCAGGCUGGGACGACCCCCGCCUCCGCAUCCCAGAGGUGACCCGGAGGUGGCUCAGGACCACAGCAUGGACUACCACGAGGACGACAAGCGCUACCGCCGUGAAGAGUUUGAGGGCAACCUGAGGGAUAUGGGCCUGGAGCUGGAGAAGGAUGAGGAUACUAAAACUCCAGGUGUGGGUUUUGUGAAGAUCCACGCUCCAUGGCAUGUGCUCUGUCGAGAGGCAGAGUUUAUGAAGCUCAAGAUGCCCACGAAAAAAGUAUAUGAAGUGAAGCAGUGCAGUGGUGUUGGGGCGAAGAUCAACACAUUGGUAAACAAAGCCACUGAACCACUUCACCCCAACGUGGAAGAGAACAGGGGACAACACGUUAAGCAUCUCUCCUACGCGUUUUCCAGAGAAAAACAACACUUGUUUGAUUUAUCAGACAGAGACUCCUUCUUUGACAGUAAAACAAGAGCUUCAAUAGUUUUUGAAGUAUUGAAACGUACAAAAUGCACAAAGGCUAAGUAUAGUAUGGGAAUCACCAGCCUGCUAGGUAGUGGAGUCUACACAGCUGCCUAUCCGCUACAUGAUGGAGAUGUGGAUGGUGAAAACGUGGAGCCCAAUGAUAGGAAGCUCUUGUAUGAGGAGUGGGCGAGUUACAGUGUAUUUUACAAAUACCAGCCUAUCGGGCUAGUGAGGAAGUACUUUGGGGAGAAGAUAGGGCUGUACUUUGCUUGGCUGGGGCUGUACACCCAGAUGCUGAUCCCUGCUUCUCUAGUGGGAGUCAUCGUGUUCCUGUACGGCUGUGCCACUGUAGACAACAACAUUCCGAGCAUGGAGAUCUGCCACCCCAGGAACAACAUCACCAUGUGCCCGCUGUGUGACAGAGCCUGUAACUACUGGAAACUGAAGGAAGCCUGCGGGACAGCCCGGGCCAGCCACCUCUUUGACAACCCUGCCACCGUCUUCUUCUCCAUCUUCAUGGCCCUCUGGGCUGCCAUGUUCAUGGAGCACUGGAAGAGAAGACAGAUGCGCCUCAACUACGAAUGGGAUCUGACCGGCUUCGAGGAGGAGGAGGACCACCCGAGAGCUGAGUACGAGCUCUGCGUUAUGCAGAAGUCCCUGAAGAAAGAACACAAGACGCAGAAGACUGAAAAAGAAAAGCUGACCUGCAGAGACCGGUUCCCAGCAUACAUGGCCAACAUAGUCAUGAUGCUUCUGAUGAUCGGGGUGACCUUUGCUAUAGUGUUCGGGGUCAUCCUCUACCGGAUCUCCAUCACGGCAGCGCUGCACAUGAGCAACAACCCCACGACGCGAUCCAACGUCCGUCUGAUGGUAAAAACAACGGCCGCAAUCAUCAACCUGGUGGUCAUUCUGAUCCUGGACGAGGUCUACGGAGCCGUGGCCCGCUGGCUCACUGUCCUCGAGGUCCCAAAGACAGACAGGAGCUUUGAGGAGAGGUUGAUAUUCAAGACGUUCGUCCUAAAGUUUGUGAAUGCCUUUACUCCCAUCAUAUACAUAGCAUUCUUCAGAGGCAGGCUUGUUGGACGACCUGGAAGUUAUCUGUAUGUGUUUGAGUCGUACCGCAUGGAAGAGUGUGCUCAUGGAGGAUGUCUGAUGGAGUUGUGUAUUCAGCUCAGUAUCACCAUGUUGGGAAAGCAACUCAUCCAGAACAAUUUAUUUGAAAUCGGCAUCCCGAAGCUGAAGAAGUUGAUCAGGUACAUCAAGUCUAAGAGAAGGUCCUUCCAGGAAGAGGAGAGGGAGAAGAAGUUACAGCGCUAUGAGACGGACCACUUCCUAGAGCCCUUCGCAGGCCUCACUCCAGAGUACAUGGAGAUGAUAAUCCAGUUUGGGUUUGUGACCUUGUUCGUGGCGUCGUUUCCUCUGGCCCCACUGUUCGCCCUGCUCAACAACAUCAUCGAGAUACGCCUGGAUGCCAAGAAGUUUGUGGCUGAGCUCAGGAGGCCGGUUGCUGCGAGGGCAAAAGACAUUGGUAUAUGGUACAACCUUCUCCGAGGUGUGGCUAAAGUGGCCGUCAUCAUAAACGCGUUUGUGAUCUCCUUCACGUCAGACUUCAUCCCGAGGCUAGUCUACCAGUACAUGUACAGCCCAGAUGGCUCCAUGCACGGCUUUGUCAACCACACCAUGUCCUAUUUUAACGUCUCAGACUUCCAGGAUGGUAAAGAACCUAUGGAUCCUCAUCAUCUGGGUUACCAGGUGGAGAUGUGUAGGUAUAAGGACUACAGGGAGCCUCCAUGGUCCAACACACCCUAUGUGGUCUCUAAAGAGUUCUGGGCGGUCCUGGCCGCCCGACUGGCCUUCGUCAUAGUCUUUCAGAACGUGGUGAUGCUGAUGAGUGACAUCGUAGACUGGUUGAUCCCAGACAUCCCUAAAGACAUCAGCCUUCAGAUCCACAAGGAGAAGAUCCUGAUGGUGGAGCUGUUCAUGAAGGAGGAGCAGGGCAAGAUGCAGUUCAUAGACAGCAUGACUCCUUGCGACGGCAAGGGGCGCAACAACCACGCCCCUAUAUCCCGUUCGCGCUCCAUCCCACACACACACAGUCACACGCAUGCCAACAACUUCUAGCAGCUACUAUAAGGUGUAGCCUUGCUAGCUAAGCCAAGGGUUACUACUCUCUGUGUCUUUAUCCAUGUCCAGACAUUCCGUAGCAAGGGAGAAGUGUUCCCUUCAAGAUGUUGUCGGAGGCCGAACUACGAGAAACAGAAACAGUCCCCGUGCACAAUGCCUUCCUGUCAAACCAUUCAGUGAAUAACUAACUAGCUAUCUGCCAACCAGUUAACGAACUGCCAGCCAGUGGGGUCAUGGUUUUGAGGGAUGAUCUUAAAUGUGGCGGACCAUAUACCAUAUUCAGAGCAGCCAGAGAAGAGAGAAAAUUUUUGUUUAAAAUGUUCCUUACGUGCUUUACGUUACAGCAUAUCUGGCACACAAGGUAUUUCGAUGUUUGCCUCUUUAUAAACAGGAUGUAGAUAAUACAUAAUCCUUUUACUCUUAUGACUCAACCAUAUCCAUGGUGCAACCGUGCGAAUAACCACUCUCAUAAACGCUAAACUUUGUAUUCAAUUGCUACACAACACUAAUGAACAAUUAUUUUCUUUACCUAGAUUUUUAUUUUAUUUUGUAUUUUUAACUAUUAAAAAAAACUCACUUGGAUAUCUUGAAAUGUAUGUGUGUAGAGCAAAGGAUAUCAUCUUAAAUGGGUGACAGGUUUUUGUAUGUCUUUGAUUCAAAAAUCUCAAAUGUUUUUAGCUACCAAGCACACAGUUGAGCAUGGUUGAUACAUCACCUGGUUGUGGGCUCCCAUGCUAUCAUAUAGCAAAAGCUGAUAGUAGAGUAUUUUAUUGCGUUACAGUAUACAAGUAAAAUAGCACUAUAUGAUGACUAGAAUGCUGCUAAACAUAGCAAAAUACUUUGAAUCACUUUAGUUCAGAAUAUAUAUGACUUAGCAGUGUUGUAAGAAUAUACCUCUGUUGUAACAUGUACAGUUCAGGCAAAUCUUUCUCUGCCAAAAUACAUACAUUAUACUAUGUGACUUCUACGCUUCAAAGCCAAUCAGGAUAUUCUUUUACAUGUGGAGCAAUAAAAAUGAAACCUUUCAGUUGUACUUAAAAUGGUAUAUUGUUUACACUUACUUCUGUCUACUGGAUAUACUAAGAAACAUAAUAUUUCUCAUUCUUUACUUGCCUUUCUUCAGAGGACAAGGACACUUUGAUCCUUUUAUAUGUCAAACUAAUGUCUUCAUUCAAAAUGAGAGUAAUUUCAUAGCAGCAUAUUUUACUGUAUUGAUACUGACUAUGUUGUAAAUCAUUUUGAUGUGAUGUUGAAUAAAUAAUGCAUUAAAUUGAAUGUAAA